CAGGCAGUGACUAACCUCCCCGACAGCAAGAGCCCCAAAGACUUGAAAACUCUCACUUUCACAUCUCCCCGGCAUCAUCAAAUCCCACUCCGGCCCAAGAUGACGGAAACCUGCAGAUCCUGCCACGACCCGCUCACCCUAACCCUAGACGCAGAAGACUCCGGCGUCGAGGAGGACGCGGCCGACGAGCAGACCGUUCCCGAUGACCUCCUCCUGCCCUGCGGCUGCCACUUCCACUGGCAAUGCCUGCUAGGCGAGUCCUCCACCAUAACCAGCACCCUGACCUGCCCGUCCUGCAACCGCCCGCUGCCCUCCAACGCCCCCACGGCGGCCGGGGGUUCCUCCUCCUCGGCAGCAACAGCACCAGCACUUCCCACCCCGGUUAUCUUAACACACUACACCAACGAAGGCGGCGUCCAGCCCUCACUAGACAUCUACCCCUUCCUCGCGGAGGAAGCCUUCUUGACCGCGCACCCGGAGGCGCGCGCGGCGCGGGCGCUGCACACGCUUGCAUCGGAGGGCGACGUGCAGGGGACGGUGGAGGUGCUGCGCGGCGCCGACGCGGAGGACGAGGAUGAGGAUGAGGACGAGGACGAAGAGGACGGGGAAGACGGGGCGGCGGCGGCGGCAGCGACGGGGCUCUCGUCGUCGCAGCUGCUGACCUGGCGCGACCCGCUCAACGGCGGGCGGAGCGCGCUGCACGUGGCGCUGGAGGCGCGGCAGGAGGAGGUCGUGUGGUUGCUGCUCUGGCUGGGGAGCGGGGCGAGGCAGGAGGAUUUCCCGGACGCGGUGGUGCAGGUUGCGCUGGCGAUGGGGUUGCCGAGGCGCGUGGAUGGCGGUGGGGAAGGGGAGGACGUGAGGGUUGUGAGGGAUGAGGCGGGGAGGACGGCCGGGGAUGUGUGCUUGGAGCUGGGGGCGCCGUGGUCGAGGUUGGUGGAGGGGGGGUUGUUUAGCUAAAAGUGAAGGGGUUGGACUGUUGUUGGGGGGAUGGAGGGGAAAGGGGGGGUGUAGCCCAUGAUACCUCAACGACCGGGCGACGGAAACUCGAGAUAUGGAAACUGAACAAAGAAGCAA